AUGGAUCUAAAGCUGGAUAUGCUCAUACGGGAAUGGAAGAGGUCCAGUGAUAUUUUGUUUGCUGUACACCCAGUUGAUGGAAGCCUUUUGACAUGGACAGUGGAAUGGCUGGAUGACGUGUUCCGACAGCCCACAGUAAGCUUCACAUCGCGCUUUCCAUCGGCCUUCUCACUGUCCGACUCCACUUCUUUGCACUCAACGCUGAGUGUCUAUUAUCAUCAUGAUACACUGCAUGCGCAGCUUGGCCAGAAACAUUCUGAAGGUAUCAUCAUCAUCAUCAGCAUUUUGUCUCGAACACAGAAUUCCUGGAUGCAUUAA